UCAAGAUUUCAUCUUUUUGAGUAUAUCAUGGAUAUGUCAAAUUUUGAUGAGAGCAAUUCUAGUGAAAACCAACAACUACCCACUUUUAAAGAUCCAAAAGGGUGUCUAGAUAUUACAACAAAUCAUCAAAAAGAUGAUGAUACCAAGAAAAUUGUAAUAUUGCAUCAAGAUCCAAAAGGGUGUCAAGAUAUUAUAAUGGAUGAACAAAAAGAUGAUGAUGAUGCCAACAAAAUAGAAAUAUUGCACCAAAAUAAUCCAAAAGGGUCUCAAGAUAUUACAAAAGGCAUCAAGAAAAUAAUGGUAUUGCAAGAAGAUCCAAAAGGGUGUCAAGGUAUUACAAUGGACACCAACAACAUAGUAAUAUUGCAUCAAGUUCCUAAUCAAGAUCAUCAUGGUGAUGUUGUUAAUGAGACAAUAGUUAUACAACACGUUGAAGACAAAUUGGUACAAGAAGAUAGUGUUGUUAUACAACACGUUGAAGAUGAUGUUGACAACAAUAUAAUAGUAGCACUAUUAGAAGAUGACAAUGAUGGAUUUAGGACUCCAACUUCUUUGGAAUCGAAAAUUCCAAUUUUGACAACAUGUCCUGGUGCACCAAGAGGCAACUAUAGUGGUAUUAAACGAAAAGCUUCAUCACCACCAAGAAGAGGGGAAAGAAAUAUAAGAAUAUGGAACGAUUAUCGCCACCGCGAUACCGCUAGAUUUUGA